AUGAGGCUAAGUGAUGCUAUUUCCGUAUCCAGUUAAAUAUGUUCUUUUACAACACGGAAUCCAUAUUUCAAUAGGUUGUUUUUUUAUUUGAACUUUUCAAGUAAAGGCUUUCAAAAUGCAACUACACAUUCGUGGUCAACAAACUCAUGUUAUUGAGUGUGCCGAAAAUGAAACAAUCGCCCAAAUCAAGGCUAGAGUAGCAUCUUUGGAAAAGGUUGAAUCAAAUGAUUUCACAUUAUCAGCAUCAGGCAGUCCUUUGGAAGAUGAUGUUUUAAUAUCAAGUUUAUCCAGUUUUGAAUUAGAUUUCACAGUACCAUUAUUGGGAGGAAAAGUACAUGGUUCUUUAGCUCGUGCAGGUAAAGUGAAAGGGCAAACACCAAAAGUAGAAAAACAAGAAAAGAAAAAAAAGAAGACUGGCCGUGCCAAGAGACGUAUCCAAUACAACAGACGAUUUGUUAAUGUUGUACAAACAUUCGGACGUCGUCGUGGACCCAAUGCUAAUUCAUAAUUAUUUUUCUUGUAUUAAAAAUGUUCUUAAUAUAAAAUAAUUAAAAAUUCAUUAAA